GCGCGGGCAGAGCACCGGCCUCUGGGCGCCACUCGCAGCGGGGCGGCGGCAGGCAUGGCCACGGCGGCGGUGGCGGCGGUGGCUCGUGGGGCCGGUGCAAGGGCGGCGGCGUCCCUGCGGGGCGGCUGCCGGUCUGCGGGGCGGGGGCGGUCGCGCGCUGGCCCCGUGCAGCCCUUGUGCACAGCACCUGGGACCGCCCCGGACAUGAAGCGCUACCUCUGGGAGCGCUACCGGGAGGCGAAGGGGAGCACGGAAGAAUUGGUUCCUUCAAUUAUGAGCAACUUGUUGAAUCCAGAUGCCAUCUUCUCAAACAAUGAGAUGAGCCUGUCAGACAUUGAGAUCUAUGGCUUUGAUUACGAUUACACCUUGGUGUUUUAUUCCAAGCACCUCCACACACUCAUAUUUAAUGCCGCUCGGGACCUUCUCAUCAACGAACACCGGUAUCCUGUGGAAAUCAGGAAAUACGAGUAUGACCCAAACUUCGCCAUCCGUGGACUGCAUUAUGACGUGCAGCGGGCGGUCUUAAUGAAGAUUGAUGCUUUCCAUUACAUCCAGCUGGGAACUGUCUACAGAGGCCUCAGCGUGGUUCCCGAUGAGGAAGUCAUUGACAUGUACGAAGGCUCCCACGUACCUUUGGAACAGAUGAGCGACUUUUAUGGAAAGAGUUCCCACGGAAACACCAUGAAGCAGUUCAUGGACAUCUUCUCCCUGCCCGAGAUGACGCUGCUGUCCUGCGUGAACGAGCACUUUCUGAAGAACAACAUCGACUAUGAGCCGGUGCACCUGUACAAAGACGUCAAGGAUUCAAUUCGGGACGUGCACACCAAAGGAAUCAUGUACAGAGCCAUCGAAGCAGAUAUUGAAAAGUAUAUCUGCUAUGCCGAGCAGACCCGCGCGGUGUUGGCCAAACUGGCUGAUCACGGCAAGAAGAUGUUUCUCAUCACCAAUAGCCCCAGCAGCUUUGUGGACAAAGGGAUGAGGUAUAUUGUUGGAAAAGACUGGAGGGACCUGUUUGAUGUGGUCAUUGUUCAGGCCGAGAAGCCAAACUUCUUUAAUGAUAAGCGGAGACCUUUCCGAAAGGUGAAUGAGAAAGGCGUCUUACUCUGGGAUAAAAUCUACAAGUUGCAGAAAGGCCAGAUUUACAAGCAGGGCAAUUUAUAUGAGUUUUUGAAGCUUACUGGAUGGAGGGGAUCCAAAGUGUUGUAUUUUGGUGACCAUAUAUACAGUGACCUGGCGGACUUGACGCUGAAGCAUGGCUGGCGAACAGGUGCAAUUAUCCCAGAAUUAAGAUCUGAGCUCAGAAUCAUGAACACGGAGCCGUACAUUCAAACUAUGACUUGGCUGCAGACUCUGACUGGGUUAUUGGAGCAGAUGCAGAUUCAUAGGGAUGCGGAGUCACAGUUGGUUCUGCAGGAGUGGAAAAAGGAGAGGAAGGAGAUGAGAGAAAUGACCAAAGGUUUCUUCAACGCCCAGUUUGGAAGCUUGUUCCGCACAGACCAGAACCCCACGUACUUCCUGCGCCGCCUGUCGCGAUUCGCCGACAUCUACAUGGCGUCCCUGAGCUGCCUCCUGAACUACGACGUCAGUCACACGUUCUACCCCCGCAGGACCCCGCUGCAGCACGAGCUCCCCGCCUGGUCCGACAGGCCCCCGGCCACCAGGCUGCCGCUCCUGCAGGAGGCCCAGGCCAAGUAGCCAGCGGCCCGGCCACCCUGGGCACGGAAAGCCAGGACCAGCGACGGCCCUGCACCGGGCCGACUUUGCGUGGAUGUGACUGUCGCUUUCGGAAGUGAUAUAGAUAUGCCUUGUGAUACUUACUUUGUAUAUUACGGAGGAUACCGUCCCCCCAGCUCAUAAGGACAGGAGCCCGCCGUCCACGGGGCCACCCUCCUGUACACGUGGGGACAGCAGCCGGCUUCCUGUCGACACCCUGUAAUCAGCCUUCUUGUUUACCAAGGUACCAUAACUGGCGUCAGAUGUUCUGGGAGGGGGAGGCUUCUUGAUGCCAUCUCUCGAUCCCAGCAGGUGACGUUCUGAAAUGCUUCUUGACCCUUCCAUGGAAAACGCAUGGAAAACCUGAAUAUUCACAGGCAGGGCAGGGGCCCAAUGUUGUGCAGCGGUGACCUGCUGGCAGAAAGCUGAUGCUUGAGUGAGUGCUCCGAUAGCAUACCACGACGUCGGAGGCAGAGGUGGUCCCCACACGGCAGCCGGUUCCCAGAUGCCUGGUACUAGGGCUUUGGCACUCUGGCGCCUCGCUUGAAAGCGGACUCAGCCUCUCUGGAAGUCUUUCUUGAGAAAGAGCAAGAGACGUUUGAGUUCUUGGCCUUCAUUCUCACUCUCCAUCUUCUGUGUCCUGCCCCACGUUGGGAAGGACCAUGGUGGCCCAAGUGAUGGGCAGGUUCACUGUUUUCCCCAGAAAAGGAGGGCAAGGAGAGAAGAGCUUCUGGUUAAAUCUCCAGCCAGCAGAACAGACUUUGCAGCAUGAGGCUGCGAGAAACACACAGGUCAGAAGAGCCAAUGCAUUUGUGGUGGGUCUCCCAGGACUUUUUUACACCUGCAACUGCCACCCGUGUGUUGGUUGAACAUUCUUAUUGGAGGAUGGAAAAUGAAACGAAAAAGAAGUCCUUGUAAUAAAGUGCCACGCUGUGA